AAACUCCAACGACACUACGUGUCUUCGUGACUCUUACUAUAUCCAAAAACCUAUAGCUAAAGCUGAAUUUUCCAUGAUUAGUAUAGUCCCAACCAAAAAAAUACUGAAGAAGGCAUAAGCAUGGCCGGAGAAGAAGACUGGAGAAAAACAGCAGAUACGACGAAGAUGAGCUCGGAGGGAGUAAAAGCUGCCGGCGUUGAGUCAUCAAAGAGGCCGCCAGGAAGUAAUCCAGGUGGUGUUCUUCAUCAACGCCGUAACUUGCCAUACAGUUACACGACGAUGGCUCUAGCCGGAUUAGCUAUCUCGGGGGCCAUCAUGUACACUGUUAUGUAUGCUAAGAAGAAGCCGGAAGCCACUGCCACUGAUGUAGCUAAGGCUGCCACAGGGACGGCUAAACCUGAAGAUACACAUCCAAGAAAGUAAAAUUUCAAGGGAAGAAUUAAAGGGUUUAUCUUCUUCUUCUUUUUUUGCUUUUGUAAUUUUGUUCUUGCUUCAUGCUCUUGUUGGAACUUCUUAUUUACUUGUAAUAAAAUAACAUAACGUGUCCAAGAAUGGCUUAUGUCAACUACUAGAGCAAGCAGAAGAAUAAAAUGGGAGGAAUAGAGUAGUCUUGUGUAGCAAA